ACCGACUCCUCCGAUCUCGAAUGGUCGAUCUGCAACUCCAUCUGGGAGUCAUCCAACGCCAUCUCGCAGAACCAACCUCGCAGAACCUGCAUCAGUCGCAAAGAUGUGUAUCACCGCCCGCAUCAGUUACAACGACUGUAGCUGCACGCUUCACAGAUACUACAUCUGCCACUCGCAUAUCAAACACACCUGGCACCAGGUCAGAUUAAGUACAUUCCUAGCGUGGCGAAGGAGUUUGACUUACACGAAUGUAGAAAGAUAACAAACCCUGCCCUUAUACCGCUGUUCGACACAUCGUCCUCGACGCUCGUGCUUGUACCGACCCUUACCAACAAAGCUUCCACGAACAGUAUGCGCCAUUGGGAGACAUACUGUCCGCCGCAGCUACUACUCAACAUGGUAGUCAAGCCAACAACACCCGUCGUCCACCUGGAUGUCUAGCCAUACAUGCAGACGAGUACAACGUCGCAACCAAGGUCUUGAGACGCUCGGACAUGCGAUUCUUGGAAUUGGGCGAGGGUGGAUACAUGAGCGAGGACUGUCUAGCUGGAAAGUUCAUGUGGGCUAGCGAGCACACUUGUGGUCUCGGUCGGCGAGUUGCGUGUACUUGGGCUCAUCUCAGACCUGACAAUCGAGUUCUCAACCCAAAAGCUAUGAAGACACUUGAGGAACUUGCUGUGGAGGAAAUAGUGGCCCGAUCUAGACGAGAGGUACAACGCAAUUACUUCCCUGUAAAGGCUUCGUCAAAGACCAUGGACACGAUCCAGGAAAGUGCUGGAGAGGAGAGUGACAUGGAAACGAAGCAAGAAAAACUGCGAGCCAUGCAAGAUGAGAUGCAUUUCGUUCAAGUCGAGGUGGAGAGAUACCUACGCUUCAGAAAAUACAUGGCUGCAGCACAGCAUGAGAAGGCUCCAAGUGCCGCCGAGAUUUUGGGUAUGGAGAUCAUCUACAAGUUCUUUGAGGAGAAGGUGGGCGUACAUACGGCAUUGCUGACGAAGAAAGAGGCAGCUCGAACAGAGAAUGAGUAUAGAGUGAAAGUAAAGAAGCUGCAGGUCUCUCCUGAGAAUGUAAUGAAUGAGGAUGAGGCUGAGUUCGCUGCCGAAUAUGCUUCUCAAAAUGGCUACAGCUAUAACCCAGACAUCAAGCAAGAGGGCCUUGACAUGGACAUCACGACACUUUCGGUGGUAAAUCAAUGAGAGAAUAUGGUGUGAGCUACGAUCAAAUAUCACGUGUAAAGGUGUCGUCCUAAUGGCGAAAAGCCGAUCGUGUAAUUAGUAACCAGGAAAUUGCAUCAGGAAUUGACUUAUGGCUGGAGAUCAAUGAAUCGCUGUAUCUGGGUAUUUCUACCAAUGUUUUACUGCUACAAUUUCAUCGUUUCUGCUCAUUAUUGUAC